UGACAAGCACAUUCGUUGGUCACCGCAGUCCGGCCCCUGAACGGGCGGUUUCACAGAUGUGAACGAUACAUCCGGCACACAGUCCACUCACUUCAGUCACCCUCCAAAAGUGGUGAUAACAGUGUCGUUGAAUGCCACCGGACACUCGUUGUACUCGCCGGGCAUUGCCGCCUCCCUCAGGGUCACACGCGACACCACCUCAUCCACCACCCUCUCAGCAUCUUCGUCACUCAACGCAGGGCACCUCACGCAACCGCCCCUUUGUGGGCCGCUCUGCCGGCUGCCCUCCUUUGGGCUCAUCGAGUGCUCGGGCGACUCACACAGCGCCGCGAACUGAUUGCGGGAGCGGCGCAACAAUGUGGCUGGCUGCUCUGCUGGCCGAGGGAUGGCAUUGUUCCUGCUGUCGCGGUAGCGUGUGAGUGCGUUGCCCAGCAGCACAAUGGGCAGGAGGGCUCGCUGGAUGGCCGAUGUGGUGUAGGGCAGUGAAGGCGAGCAGGCGGCAUCCGUCUCGCCAUCGAGCUGCAGAUAGAGCCAGUAGAAGAGCACCCGGCCGUAGAGAAACUUCUCGCAAUGCGGCAUGAACAGCAGCACCACAGAAGAACUGUGCCGCCAAGUAGAGUGGAUGUCCGCCAGCCGCUCGAACAGCCUGUCUGCUUGACGACUGGUGACGAAGCCGAGCUCCUUUGCCGUCUGCUCGUCCUUGUCGGUCAUGAUGGGGUCCGCAAGCCAGCAGUGCUGUCGUGAAGCCUUGAGGUGCUUCAUGACCAGCUGCAGCAUCCCCAGCUGCACGGCAGAGGCGCGUGAGUGCUCGAAGCUGCCCAGACCAAGGGCGAGGCACAUCAGCUGACGCGCCGAGGUCCUGUCCCUCGACGAAGUCGCCUCGGUGAGGAGAUCUCUGACGGCUGACCAGUAGUGGGAGAGCUCCAGUCGCUGCGUGACGAGAUGGACGAACACAUGGGACCUCCUGGACGGUGGUGAGGAGGGAUCACAUGGCUGCGACGCUUCCUUGGUGGCGGUGAGAGGCGUCCGCCGUGUCCGCCUCUUGACGACGGUCGUCCACUGUUCGCCUCCAUCCCCGCCUUGCUGUCCUCUGUGCGGUGGAGAGGCGGGCCCUUCAGACGGCGUUGGUGUCAUCCUCCAGCCACAGCUGCUGUUUUCC